AACAUGAACUGUGUACUCGAAGGAAACUGUGUAAAAGUGCUUGGAAAGGCUAUCCAGGCACUUUCACGGAUUGGAGAUGAACUAUGGUUUGAUCCUUUGAGUAAAGGGCUGGCGUUGAGAUCAGUGAACUCUGCUCAUUCUGCCUACGCCUGCUUCCUCUUUUCACCACUGUUCUUCCAGCGCUACAUCUUGAGUUCAGGAUCAGAGCAUGGAGGUGAAGCCAUUAAAUGCAAACUGAUCAUGAAGUCUGUGCUUCCACUUUUUCGGUGUUUGACUUCCAUUGAGCGAAAUGUGGAAAUGUGUCAGAUUUCAAUCAGCGAUGAUCGAGUUAAAAUCCAGUUUUCAUGCAGACAUGGCAUCAUUAAAACCCACAACCUACGCUUCCAGGAUAGUGAACCUCUGCAGGCGGUGUUUGCCUCACACCUCUGUCCCAACGUACUGAAAGCUCCAGCCAGGCUUCUGGGUGAUAUGGUGACACAUUUUCCAGUGUAUCAGGAGGAAAUUACUCUGUCCAUAAGUCCUCAGAGACUCAGUCUGAGAAAUUACUGUGAGGGAGGAAAAGAUCACAUGAAGUUGAUGUACACAGAGAUGUCCUUACACCCAGACGAGUUCGACUACUUUCAGGUCGGAGUGGAGUCGGACAUAACCUUCUGUCUGAAGGAGCUGAGGGGUUUACUGUCUUUUGCAGAAUCACUUUGUCUACCAGUAUCGGUCCACUUUGAUGCAGCAGGAAAACCUGUGUGCUUUUCGGUAGAAGACUUGGUCCUGGAGGCGACUGUGGUGUUGGCGACUCUGAUCGACUCUGACAGCAGCAACCCCACCUCUCAGCCCACUGAGACCCCCGUCCCCACUGCCACCAGGUGUGCAGAGGCCUCCGCGCCUCCUGUCGGUUCUUGUGAGCCUGACAUCAUUCUACGUGAGGAUAUUCCUGAGGAUCUGAUCCCGUCGAGUCAGGGCAGUCCCAUAAUGCACCCUGCUGCUCUGAUGCAGCUUCAGACUGGACAACCUGAUGGACAGGGGGUACUUGAUGAUGCUUGUGCCACUGCUGCUACGUCUCCUGCUUCUUCUAUGAUCUGCUCCCUUCUGUUCAAGGCCCUGUCUUCACAGCAGGAAGAGGAUGGUUGUGCUGCCACGCUGCCAGUCCUGGCAUGUCACAGUGAUGUGGAGGAGGAUAUGGAAGACGACUGCCCAAGAAGCCCCUCACACUAAGGAAAGAGCUGUUAAAUACUAUUUAGCUUGUUUUUUAGCCUUGGCUUUUUGAUUCUGCAGUUACCAACAUAGAGUGGCUGUUAAGAUAAUAACAUAAAUGAACUAAUUUGUUUUUUGACAUUUAAAAGUAGCUUUAAGGCUUUUAUUUGUGGCUCAAAAGAUUCACAUGUAUAUUUUGUAUUGAUCUUCAAGUUGACAUGACGUGUAAAUUAAUGUAUUCAUUGUUGUAAUUUAUUGAAUAGUGAUUUGUUUGGGAAAUGUUCACAUAAAAAACCAGAGUUGUGACUGUUAGUGGUCUGGUAUAAGACAUUACGUCAGAUGCCACACCUGUCUGCUGAUAAUAACUUUUAGUAUGCCUGAUGUGUGAGGAAUGUGGGAGUACACUCAGGUUGUACAAGGAGUUCUUUUGGCGGCAUUUUGUGUUUAUGGCUGACACAACAAAACUAAACAGCCUGAGUUCAUUAGGGUGAAGUCAGGGCUUUGGAGUGUUAACUUCAUGGGAAAAUAUUACAAGCAAAGACAGUAAAAGUCUGAAAUGUAUUGUUUUAUCAUUCAAGCAACGUUCAGAUAAAAAAAAAAAAAAAAAAAAAAAUCAAAUACAGCAUGAUAAUAAAUACUAUACUCUUUAUUUAAAUAUUGUACAGAUUUGAAAAUGUUUUUACAGAACACAGAUCUGCAUCAAACUUUACACCCAAAAUAUAAAGACACGUGCUCUGGUUGUAACAAAGUUUGGUUGGAAGAGGAGGAUGAAGUUGAAAUGAGACAUGGGAGAGCUUCAGGGCAGGUUAGGAAUCAGGAACCACAUAGCGAACAGUGGCUGUACCAUCUGACAGGGAGAAUUGCUUUGUAACAUAUUUAAGGCUGCUUAGAUUGUCCUCAGUGCUAUGAUGCUU